AUUUCCACUAGUCUUUACUAGUCAUUAACAAUUUACUCAGGCUCUUGUAUAAAUGAAUUUGGUAUGAAGGAGAAAACUUCUCAUUUGAUAUCAUUUUCAAUGGAAUUGAAUCGAAGCUGAGCAAACUUAACCUUUCAAUCAAAUGAAGACUCUAAUGUUGUAUCAAUUCAGAUGCUAUUAGCUUUCAAUCAGCUCGACAAUAUGGAUGUUUGAUUUAGUGUUUAGUCGCGAUCAAUAAAAAAUGACCAGUUUUGGUGUAAAUGAUUUAAAUAAUAAAAAGAAUGAAGAUGAUCGUAUUGUGAAUAUUUCUGAUCUAAUCGGUUCUUGGGGUCCUUUUCAAAAACGGUUAUUCAUCAUAAUCGGGUUGUUUCAAUGUGUUUAUCCAUUCAACAAUUCAUCUUUAUUUUAUUUCUCUAUCAAAGAGGAUAUUGUUUGUGAUAAAGGAAACGGAACUCAGGUAAUUUUCCAACCAGAUAAAUGUUCACUCAAUGAUUUAGACGCUUGUAUAAACUGGGAUUUCACUUCAACUCGAGUCACCAUUUCAAAAGAAUGGACAUUCGUUUGUGAAAGAUACUGGUUAAGGUCAGUUACUCUGUCAGCCUACGUAGUUGGUCAGUCAAUCGCUGGUUUCUUUGUUGGUUGGAUCUCUGAUCGAUUGGGUCGUAAAUUUGCCAUAAAAUAUUGCAUUAUAUUGGAAUUAAUCUGUGAAUGUUAUUUAAUUGUAAUCAACAAUGAGUUCUUAUUCAUGGCUGGACGAGUUCUUCAUGGGAUGGCUGGAUUUGGACGUUCACUGUGUUCAAUCAUCUUACUAAUGGAAAGUGUUGAUCCACAAUAUCGUGGUAAAGUAAUGUUCUGGUACGAUUCUAUCUGGUACAUGUCGACACUCGUCAUGAUUGGAGUUGCCUAUUCGGUUCCAAACUUUCGCUUAAUUUACUUAGGAACUGCGAGUUACCAGAUGAUCUGUUUACUUUUAGUCAAAUUUUUACCCGAAUCUCCUCGUUGGCAAAUGGUUUCUGGGGAAACUGAUAGAGCUGAGGUUACUUUACGUCAAUUUUCAUAUGAAAUGAGUGAAACCCGAUUUGAAGAGAAAUUUAAAAAAUUAAAAGAUCAUCUGAGUAAAUUUGAAACAGUCGAAAAAUUAGGAAUGAUUAGCUUGUUUCGCCACCGGAGAACAAUUAAAUUGGUUCUAGUUUUAUGUCUCAUUUGGGCUGUUCGGGCAAUCGAUGGUUCUGGACUUCACUAUUGUACACUUGAUUUACCAGGAAAUGUCUUUUUCAACAAUUUCAUCUUUCAUUCGUUUGCUAUGCUGGCAGUUUUAUUGAUGACUUUAAGAGCUGACAGUCACCAAAGGAAGGUUCUGUUAAUUGCUUUUUUCUCUUUCAAUUCAUUCCUUUUUCUGUACUUCGCCCUUUUCUUGAGCGGUUCAUCGCAUUCAAUUGUGAUCAAAAUUAUUUUCGUCUCAAUUGCAACCUUUGGUAAUGCAGCUCUCAGUAAUUUGCUUUAUGUUUAUACACCAGAAGUUUAUCCAACAAAUAUAAGAAAUUUAGGAACUGGAGUUUGUACAGUUGCAGCCGAGUUUGCAGCUUGCUUAGGCCCAUUCAUUAAUCAACUGUCUUUGCAUUUUGAAUUGCUUUUACAGACUUCAAUGACAAGCUUAAGAACCACUUUCAUUGGACUUUCAUUGGCCGCUUUAACCGGUGCUGUUUCAGUGACUACUUUACCGGAGACGAAAGGGGUUGAGAUGCCUGAUACAGUUGAACAAAUGUUAUUAUGUGAUCAUUGUGAUGAAGAAAAGUAGUAAUUCAAUUCACUGAUUGAUUAUCAAUAAAUUAGUGGCUAGUAAUGAUUAACUCAAACGUAGUUUGACUUUAAAAAGUAAUGUGUAUCAAUAAUUUUGUUGGUUUGGAAAUAAAUUU